GAGUAAACCCUAAAGUCCUAAACUAAAACACCAAAGUCCAAAAGAUUCACGAAGCCACGCAGGGAGAGAGACUCCUCAGUCCUCACACAGUCACGCUACUUCGACUUCAUUCGCCGCCGAUUUCCUUCGACUUCGCCGCCGACGCGAGUCACGCUACAACGCCUCGCCACUCGCCAGAUUAGAGGCAGAAACAUGACGAAGAAGGGUCAGGAAAAAUCCAUUGAAACAAAUGCAGAUUUCUUGCCGUUAGAAGGCGGUCCGGCUCGUAAGCUACCUAAAGGAGAUGUUUCACAUGACAAAGCGACGGUGCUGUACGUUGGUAGGAUUCCACAUGGGUUCUACGAGGAUGAAAUGGAAGGUUUCUUUCAACAAUUUGGGACCAUUAAGAGGUUGAAGAUUGCUCGAAACAGGAAGACUGGAAAAGCUAAGCAUUACGGUUUUAUUGAAUUCGAGUAUCCAGAGGUUGCAAAAAUAGUUGCUGACUGUAUGCAUAAUUACCUGUUGCUUGAGCACAUGCUGCAAGUACAGUUGAUUCCUGCAGAGCGUGUACAUCCUAAAUUAUGGAAAGGUGUAAAUCGUAGGCAGAAAGUGCCGGUUGACUUUGUUCAAAUAGAGAGGCUGAAGCAUAAUAAGGAUAGAUCACUGGAGGAGCAAAGGAAAAUGCUGAAAUCAAUUCUGAAGCGGGACAAAAAACGAAGAAGUAAAAUUCAAGCUGCUGGAAUUGAUUAUGAAUGUCCUGAAAUUGAGGGUGCUAACCAGCCUGUGCCAAAGAAGAUCAGGUUUGAUGAUAGCUAGUCAUUUCAAAUCAUACAGUUUUAUCUUGUAAGCGGGUAAAUGGGUGGCAGAGAAAUGAAUAUCGAUGAAGUUAGCGUCAAAGAUUGGAAGCAUUCUGGUGUUACUAAGGAUGAGAAACAUUUUGAAACAGUAAAAACAUGUAUUAGCAGCUUAUUCUAGCCAAUAUUCGCACACCUGUAGUAAUGACAAGUGGGGUUUAUCGAUAGUUUCUGUUGUAGGCUUAAUUUAUGCUACCAUAGCUUAUGUAUUUUUGUUUCUUUUCUAUGCAAAUUUAUGAGUUUUGUUUCA